UAGAGUUUUAUUUUGAUUUUUAAAUAGAAUAGGAUGUCUAAGCGAGUCAGACCCGGCUACUACCGCCAGGAAGUCAACAAGACCUCAUGGGAAGUACCGGAGCGGUACCGGGAGCUGAAGCAGGUGGGAACCGGGGCGUACGGGACGGUGUGCUCAGCAGUGGACUCCAGAACGGGAACCAAAGUGGCCAUCAAGAAGCUGUACAGACCUUUCCAGUCGGAGCUCUUCGCCAAGCGGGCCUACAGGGAGCUGAGGCUUCUCAAACACAUGAAACAUGAAAAUGUGAUUGGCCUUUACGAUGUGUUUACUGCUGACCUGUCCCUGGACAGAUUCCAUGACUUUUAUCUGGUGAUGCCGUUCAUGGGGACAGAUCUGGGGAAGCUGAUGAAGAUGCAGAGGCUGUCAGAGGAGAAGAUUCAGUAUUUGGUUUAUCAGAUGCUCAAAGGGCUUAAGUAUAUUCAUUCCGCUGGUAUAAUCCACAGGGAUCUCAAACCAGGAAAUCUCGCCAUCAACCAAGACUGUGAGCUCAAGAUCCUGGACUUUGGCUUGGCGCGGCAGGCAGACAGCGAGAUGACGGGGUACGUGGUGACUCGCUGGUACCGAGCCCCAGAGGUGAUCCUGAGCUGGAUGCACUACACUCAGACGGUGGACAUUUGGUCUGUGGGCUGCAUCAUGGCGGAGAUGCUGCAAGGAAAACCUCUUUUUAAAGGCAGAGACCACCUCGAUCAGCUGACUGAGAUCAUGAAGCUGACAGGAACACCAACUCAGGAAUUUGUAUCAAAACUCCAAUCUGAGGAUGCCAAAAGCUACAUCAAAAGCCUUCCAAAAGUGGAAAAGAAAGACCUUCAGAAGGUGUUUUCCACAACUAAUCCACAAGCCGUGUCUGUGCUGGAGCGGAUGUUACUGCUGGAUCCAGAGUGCAGGGCAACCGCUGCGGAUGCUCUCAUGCUGCCUUACUUCACGGAGUUCAGAGACCCAGAGGAGGAGACGGAGGCGCAGCCGUACGACCACUCGCUAGACAACACAGACCAGACCCUGGACCAGUGGAAACGUCACACCUUCACAGAGAUCUUGACCUUUAAACCAGUCGUGCCAGAUUCCAAAGAGACCGCGCUGUAGGAGACAAAGGAUCAGCUGUGCAGCGUUGGACCAGAACACAACUUACAUGUUUUUUUAAUCUUGAUCUCAAGAACUCUUCAAUCACAAGGCUUAAUGAUCUGUGAAUCCAGUUCCCAAUUCUCCUAAACAUGCAAGCUGCCUUGUCUUGUAUUUCUAGUAGCUUGCUUCCUGACUUUAGUAUCAGACCUUUUCAGCAUGUCCAACAGUGCUGAGGAUGCUAGCUCAGCUGCUGUAAGUCAGGUAAUAUAAUUCUUUAAAAUCAAGUAAUCAUGGGUUGCUUUUCUUGAGUUACUUAGUCCAAUUUCAGUUUCACGUCUGUGGUACACAUACAUUGUAGGAUUUCUUUCAUUUUUUACAAAAUACAGCACUACCUAUCAGCUGAUUUAAAGUUUAUAUCAACACAUUUUACUUAAAAAAACAAAUUAUUCUGGAUGGAUCCUGGUAAAAGUUGUAUUUUUUAAAUGUAGGCUUUGUUUGAGUCAAGGUGAUGUAUCCAGGACAAUGCUGCAAAUGAUGCAAAAGGUAACAUAAUGCUGUUUUGUUAUGUAGCUUCCCAUUCAGUGACCACAUGUCCUGAAAAGACAUUUGAUUGGAUUUGUUGGGGCGUGCGUGUGUUUGAAUGUGUGUGUGUGUGUGUGUGUAGUCUACACGUCUGCUCUGACCUUGUAAUUCCUCCCGGUGGCCUUAAGAUAACGAUAAGACAAAAAAACACUGCUGCCAAUCAUACAAUCAUAGAAAAUCUAUCCCAGCAGCAAAACAUUCACAUUCAAUUUCAUACCAGAAACAAACAUUGCAUUAUUUUUUUCAAAGAACAAAACAAGUUGUCUAUGCUGACUUGUGAAUUAAUGUUUCUAACACUACUCGUGCUUUUUUAUCAUUAAAGAUUCUCUUUGAAAAUCGUG